AUGGAGGUCGAGGAAAACUGCCACAGGAGAAUGAAUCCACAGUCAAGUCUCAGUCGUUGUGUGAGCCGAGAGGAGCGCGGGGGGUACGACUGUCAGCUGGUUCACCCUCCUCCGUCCCACAUCCAGACCGAGUGCUCCGUGUGUCUCCAGAUCCUCCGGGACCCGUGUAUCGUUAGUUGCUGUGGCCACAAGUUUUGCCGCGUGUGCAUCGAGGCCGUCACCGAGAUGGGCAAGGACUGCCCGCUCUGCAACGGACACAACUUCUCUUUCAUGUCCGAACACUCGCUCAGCAGAACGCUCCUCGACCUGGACGUGUUCUGCUCCGCCCAACCAGACGGCUGCACGUGGACAGGAAAGCUGAAGGACGUCCAGCGCCACCUCAACAGGGCGUACACACUCGAGGACCAGUUGAACGGGUGUCAGUUUAUAGACGUUACCUGCGUUCACCCGGGCUGCGGUGGGAUCAUGCACCGACGGCAUGCUGAGGCCCACCAGACCGAGGAGAGGGAGAGGUUCGUGAUGACCAGGAUCUUUCAGCUGUCCAGUGCCUGCUGUGCCAGCCACCACUUCAUCCGCCACACAGAGCUACGACGGCAGAACGAAGGUGGCCCUUUUGUGGUGGACACAACGAUCGGCUCUUUCGUCAUGAACGCUGCCAUAAACAGUGAUACGGUGUCAAAGACAUUUGAAAUGGAGAUGCGCAGCAUGUACUUUGCGGUACUCCCGUACGAAUUCAAGAUGGACAACUUUCUAAACUACAUCAAGGGUGGCCCAAUCGAGUACUCCCCUAUCUUCUACACACACUCUUUCGGCUACAGGUUCCGGGUUAAAGUUAUGCGCACUGAAUACUCGAAGCUGUUGUCACUCGAGGCUUUCACGUCGGUGUACGUCGAGAUUCUGGCCGGUCCGUUUGACGACCGACUCAACUGGCCUUUCAAAGGUUCGAUAACCAUUGCCGUAGUCAACCAACUCGGUGACUGUAACCACUACGCGGCGAGUGUGUGCUUCUGCAAUGAGACAUAUGAGAGUAAAACGAGGACCCGACCGGAGAAAGGGAGUCCUGUUAGUAUCGGUCUCAGGCCCUUCAUCUACCACAAGGACCUUCGCACCAGGCACAGUAAGGACGGGCUCCAGACCCACUACCUGCACAAUGGCUCACUGCACUUUCGCGUUACCAAGAUCGAACUCUCAAAAAACGAAUUUGAAAAUUCUCUAUGCUGA